GGUUUCCUUUCACAACUUUUCGAUUCCUCUUUUUCCCAAUUCCUUUUCCGAUUUCAAUUUAUUUUCUGCAAAAUUCGACCCUAGUCAUUGAUUCUCCGGCAUAAGAUUCAGAGAAUUUGUUUGGAUUCUUGUGGAUAUUGAUGAUUCUGUGAUAGAUUGACGGGAUUGUUAUUCAGGAUUUCGUCCUCUUUGAUAUUCUUCUUGUUUGAUAUUCCGAUUGAUCUGCAGUAGGGUUUUGAAUUUUCAUGGGUUUAGUCUAGAUCCAUGGGAGGAUUAUUAUCAUAAUCGAAGUGAGAUUUUCAGUUUCCGAUCCUCUAGGGCAAAAUUUCCCGUAUAUCCUUUGGAUGUAUCUUGUUAUAAUCGAAGAAGAGAACCGGCUUGUGAACGUAGCCGACUCGUCGCUGGGUGUUCUCAGCCCUCGAAUUCGCUUGUCUUUUCUUGAACAAAAGGCCUUUGCUUUCGGUGUUCCGAGAGCUAGAUGGGAUAAGGAGUUCUUCGCGCUUCAAGGAGGGUAAUUGAAAACGAAUAUACGACAAAAAGUUUGCGAAAAAUUUGUGAGAUUGGUUUUCUGGGUUGGAGUUUGGAGUGAAAACUGCGAAUGGGUUCUGCGCAAAGGUCUACUCUUUCCACGAACGUGGCGAGUUUGGUGGAUGGCUCGUCCACUCGCGAAACGGUGUCGUGCAUUGAUCAUUUGCCUGUUUAUGCGAAGGAGCUCAUAGCCGGAGGCGCUGCUGGGGCGUUUGCCAAGACUGCUGUGGCUCCCUUGGAGCGUAUCAAGAUACUAUUGCAGACAAGGACAGAAGGGUUCCACUCUCUUGGGGUGGGUCAAUCUUUUAAAAAAUUACUGAAGCAUGAAGGUGUUCUGGGAUUCUAUAAGGGAAAUGGUGCGAGCGUCAUUCGAAUUGUUCCCUAUGCAGCCCUGCAUUUCAUGACAUACGAGCAGUAUAGGUCAUGGAUCUUAAGCAAUUAUCCUAUUCUAGGAUCGGGUAGUCAUAUUGAUCUUUUAGCUGGUUCAGCAUCUGGAGGAACAGCAGUUUUGUGCACUUAUCCUUUGGACCUAGCUCGUACUAGACUUGCUUAUCAGGUUGUGGACACUAGAGGAAGUUUUGAGUAUAAAAGUCCUUAUAAGGGUAUAAAAGAUGUGCUUUUCAGUGUUUACAAGGAAGGGGGAGUUCGUGGUCUAUAUCGAGGUGUAGGGCCAACCCUCAUUGGAAUCCUCCCUUAUGCGGGCUUAAAGUUUUACAUAUAUGAGGAACUCAAGAGGCAUGUUCCUGAGGAGUAUGAGAAGUCCAUCACAAUGCGACUUUCAUGUGGAGCUUUAGCUGGAUUAUUUGGGCAGACCUUCACAUACCCAUUAGAUGUUGUUAGGAGGCAAAUGCAGGUCGGAAAACAGUUAAAUUCAGCUCAAGGUGAUGGUGGAUUCAAGAACACAUGGGAAGGGCUUACCACUAUUGUUCGUAAUCAAGGAUGGAGGCAGUUGUUUGCAGGCCUAAGCAUUAACUAUAUCAAGAUUGUUCCGUCGGUCGCUAUCGGUUUCACUGCAUAUGAUACGAUGAAGUGUUGGCUCCAUGUUCCUCCCAGACAGAAGUCUCAAUCAAUAUCUGCUGCGUAAAGGACUCGUUGGAAUCCCCAAACAGAGUCCAUUACUAGAUACUUUGAACAUUCUGCGUUGCCAGUUUUCUCGAGAAAUUGUUCACACGAUUGUUGUGGAAAUGAAUUUUCAAUUUAUUCUUCCUUUAAAGUUGUUUUUUUAGUUUUGGUUGAUUGGUGGAAUACUGAGAAUUCCUUGAAACGACUGAGCAAUGAGGAAUUAUAUAUGAUGGAAAUCUUUGCUUCGGCUUA